CUCUGGAUGGCCCAUCUGGCCUGGUGACAGCCAACAUCACUGACUCGGAAGCCCUGGCCAUGUGGCAGCCAGCCAUUGCCACCGUGGACAAUUACGUCAUCUCCUACACAGGAGAGAAAGUGCCAGAAAUUACACGCACAGUGUCCGGGAACACAGUGGAGUACGCUCUGGCCGACCUGGAGCCUGCCACGGAAUAUACACUGAGAAUCUUUGCGGAGAAAGGGCCCCAGAAGAGCGCAACCAUCACUACCAAGUUCACGACAGACCUCGAUUCUCCAAAAGACUUGACUGCUACUGAGGUUCAGUCAGAAACAGCCCUCCUCAGCUGGCGACCCCCCCGGGCAUCAGUCACUGGUUACCUCCUGGUCUAUGAGUCUGUGGACGGUACAGUCAAGGAAGUCGUUGUGGGUCCAGAAACUACCUCCUACAGCCUAGCAGACCUGAGCCCAUCCACCCACUACACAGCCAAGAUCCAGGCACUGGAUGGGCCCCUGAGGAGCAAGCUGACCCAGACUAUCUUCACUACAAUUGGACUCCUGUACCCAUUCCCCAGGGACUGCUCUCAAGCAAUGCUGAAUGGAGACACGACCUCUGGCCUCUACACCAUUUAUCUACAUGGCGAUAAGGCCCAGGGGCUGGAAGUCUUCUGUGACAUGACCUCUGAUGGGGGUGGAUGGAUCGUGUUCCUGAGACGCAAAAAUGGACACGAGGACUUCUACCGAAACUGGAAGGCCUAUGCUGCUGGAUUUGGGGACCGCAGAGAAGAAUUCUGGCUUGGGUUGGACAACCUGAGCAAAAUCACAGCCCAAGGACAGUACGAGCUCCGGGUGGACCUGCAGGACCGCGGGGAGACAGCCUUCGCCGUGUACGACAGGUUCAGCGUGGGAGACGCCAAGACUCGCUACAAGCUAAAGGUGGAGGGGUACAGUGGGACAGCAGGUGACUCCAUGGCCUACCACAAUGGCAGAUCCUUCUCCACCUUCGACAAGGACACAGACGCAGCCAUCACCAACUGUGCCCUGUCCUACAAGGGGGCUUUCUGGUACAGGAACUGUCACCGUGUCAACCUAAUGGGGAGAUAUGGGGACAACAGCCACAGUCAGGGCGUUAACUGGUUCCACUGGAAGGGCCAUGAACAUUCGAUCCAGUUCGCUGAGAUGAAGCUGAGACCCAGCAACUUCCGAAAUCUCGAAGGCAGGCGUAAACGGGCAUAAACUCCAGGGACAACUGGGUGAAAAAGGAGUAAGGCCCAGAGAAAGGAAAGGAUUUUACCAAAGGAUCAGUGCAACCAGCCUAACCAUCAGUGCACACCUGGGCAUUUGGCAGGUGUCAAGGUUGACCAUGGCUUACUGGGGCCAGCAGCAACACAAGGGCCUCAUCUACUCUGUCAUUACGUCCUUCGCGCCAAAGACAUCAGUCUCCAGCAGGUUUCUGUUCGUUGAGUGAGUCAGCAAAAAUCUUCCAGUGACAGCGUCACAGUGGUUUUCUCUUCUCUUGAGUGGCUCUGGGAAUGGGAGAGGGGGUAGGCUGUACAGAGGUAGUUUGUUUUAGAACCUGCCAUAUUUUACACAAAGCUGUAUAAUUAAUUAUCAUUAUUUUUGUUCGUAAAGAUUAAAUGUGUCAUUGGAAGCCGUCCCUUUUUAUUUUUUACAUUUCAUACAACAGAAACCAGAAAAGCAAUACUGUUUCAGUUUUAAGGAUAUGAUUAAUAUUAUUAAUAUAAUAAUAAUAAUUGAUGAUGAAAACUAAAGAUUUUUAAAGAGAUCUUCCUUUCCAAAACACAUCUGGACAGUACCUGAUUGUAUUUUUUUUUUUAAUAAAAGCACAAGUACUUUUGA